CUGCAGCUCCAGCUACGCCGAUCGGUGCUUGUAGCCAAGAUGCGCUUCGGGGCGGUCAUGCUCUGCCUUUCCCUGCAGGUUGUGGCUCUUCUGCUUCUCCAGGCGCGCGGGCAACAGAGGGAAGGCGCCCCGGCAAACGGGGAUCUUGUGCAAAUGGAGAUCCUGCACGUCCCCAAAGAGUGCCAGCAAAAGAGCAAGAAGGGCGAUCUGCUGAAUGCCCAUUACGACGGCUACCUGGCCAGUGAUCAAUCCAAGUUUUAUUGCAGCCGAACACAAAAUGAAGGCCACCCAAAAUGGUUUGUUCUUGGCGUUGGGCAAGUCAUCAAAGGAUUGGAUAUUGCCAUGUUGAAUAUGUGUCCCGGAGAGAAACGCAGAGUGAUCAUUCCUCCUUCGCUAGCAUAUGGGCAGCAAGGAUACGAACCAGCAAAAAUUCCACCGAAUGCAACUCUGAUCUUCGAGAUUGAACUAUACGCCGUAACUAAAGGGCCACGCAGUGCUGAGGCUUUUUCUCAAAUAGACAUGGACAGUGACAAAAAACUCUCAAGAGAUGAGAUAAGUGAUUAUUUGAAGAAAGAAUUUGAAAGAGAUGGAAAGAAACGUGACCCGUCGGUUCAUGAUAAUGUUUUGGCUGAUAUAUUUAAAAAGAAUGACCGUGACGGAGAUGGCUUCAUAUCUGCAAAAGAAUACAAUGUCUACCAACAUGAUGAACUAUAACA